AUGUCAUAUCACAAUACCGAGCCAUCCAGGCGAGUUAGGAGAUUCUUACCUGAACCCAUUGAAACCACUACACGCAAAUCCAAGACACAUCAGCCAGUAUCAUGCGUGGGGAGGGAGUUCCUACACGACCGAGAGGACCUUAACACUGCAGAGGGAGGCAAAGAAGACACAGAGUCUCACUCAACCCAUCCUGCGGCACCCGGCAAACCUCUGAUACACAUAAAUCUACCGGGCAGCACUGCAUCAGAUGUCCGUGGCAAUCCGCCUGCUCGCCUACCGUCUAAUAGUUAUCUAGAGAGGAGGCAUACUGGGGACAAACGUGCAACAGAAUCGCUAGGAUUGCUGCGACAGAGCUGUCUAAGUGGUAAACAGAAUGAGCCGUUCUCUAACACAGACAAUCCACAAUUGCGUCCGAGAAAAUUCGUGCCUCAGCUAAUGGAAACGGCCAGCCGCUCAUUUCGCCGCGACUCGAGCCCAUAUGCACCUCACGAUACGUACCGAUUGGGGCUUGAAACUGAGAAUUCAAGACAUAGAAGCACUAUCGGGGAUACAAUAGUACAUGCUGAAGGUCACUUGGCGCAUGAGUCUCGAUUCUCAUACGCCAGGCUUCGGCAGCGCCAGGAGACAAGACGGCAUUCUUUUAGAGUUCCUGAUCUCCCCGUGAUCCCUUCUAGUGGUAGUGAAGCAUCUGAAGUGUCGGAUUCAUCACUGCCCGUGUCGCCAUCUGCCUCCUCCCGACAAUCAGUGAUACGGCCGAGAGUGGAAGAAGAUCGCAGGGAAAGUUGCGACGAGCUUUUCUCAAGCUAUUUACUGUCUCUAGCUGCCCGCUCGGCGGAAAAGCAGUUAAAAGAGCAAGCCCUAGCAGCUUUCCCUAAUGAACAGGUCUAUCAGCCGGUGGAUCACUUCGCCAUUGAUAGAGAAGAGGAUUGUUCCAGCCAAGGAGAGCCAGCGAUACCUGAAGCAGAUGAUGUUCUAACAAGGUACCGACGUGCAUCAUCUGCGGAUUUGUCGUGGGAGCUUGAGUAUAUGCGGCAGCAUAAAGAGGAGGCAGAAAUGCGAGACCGUGCCAUGGCUGGCACACAGGGUUUGCAUCUUUCGCCUGUUGCUCCUUUAAAAAUAAUGGCCUGCGGUAAACCAGAGAACCAUAUAAAUCCUGAUAAAAGUCGGGAAAGAGACCGCAACUUAGGCCAACAAAAACAAGUCAAGAGCCCGCCGAUGUUAGGUGAUGACCUUAUCUUCCCCCAAAGCUUGUCACCCGAGACAACUUUCUGUGAGAACAGUCAUUUGGCUGAGUGCAAUGACGGCUUUCACAACUUUCCCAGCCUUUGGCAUGCGGCUCCUCACUACAAUGAUCACUGUGGUAGCGAAGGUCUAUGGAUGGGAACAUGCAAACGUGACAAGCAUUGCCUAACCCCCCAAGACUCUCUUUCCUGCAGUACUUUAACUUCUGUUUCUCAUGUGCAAGGAAAGGGCUGGGCGCGGCCGAACGGAAUGUUAACAUUUGAAGACAAAGCUCAUCCCAAACCCCGAAAGAAGCUAGAACUACCAGAUGAGAAGGAGCGGGGCAGCUCUGAUGGUGAUACGGAACCCCAAAUUCAGGAUGGGUUCGUCACUCAGAUUUAUAACUACUUGUCCCUAGGUUAUCCUUGUGUUGCUCAUGCCAAGGGUUACGUUAGCGUCGUCGAAAACGCUGGGACAGAAACUUCCGUUAGCGAUGUUUGCAUGCGUUGGCUAGCUCUUCGCUCGUACAUACGUGAAUGGGCUAGGCAGCAACCUAUUACGGUUGAAGACAACAGCAGUCAUGGUACCUGGGGUGUACGCGAGAGAAGAGGUAGUUGGGCGGGGUGA